AAGCAGCUACAAAAGCAGCUGGCGACCAAGACAAAAGAGCCUGAAGAAAAACCAGCUGAAACUGAAAAGCAGCUCCAGGAUGAGAAGAGGAGGAGGGAGGAAGCUGAAAAACAAAGGGAGAGCAUACAGAAAGAGAAUGAGAACAUCAAAGAGGCAGCUGACAGGAACAAAGAGGAGCUGAAGGAAACUCAAGAAAAGUUGGAAAAAAGGAAUGCUGAGAACAGGGAUCUGAAGAAAGAAGUCGAGAAGCUCAAAGAGGAGAAGCAGAGGAUUGAGGACGAAAAGAAGCAGCUACAAAAGCAGCUGGCGACCAAGACAAAAGAGGUCGAGAAGCUCAAAGAGGAGAAGCAGAGGAGUGAGGACGACAAGAAGAAGCUGCAGAAGGAGCUGGAGACAAAGACAAAGGAGCAGCCUCACCAUGAGCAGAAGAUAGCAGAGGAAGCUGAGAAAAACCUGGAGGAGCGCGAUAACACCAGUACUGCCAAUCAAGGACCAUGAGGAAAGGUUACUGUCCAUCACACCAAAAUGCUGAUCAGUAAAUAAUGCUGUAACAUUAAACAUCAGGAACAGCACGACUCAGAUCUUCCUGUAAAAACACAUGUUGUAGUGACGUCCAGUGAACACGAGAUCACAUCACAUCCUGAUCUGAAAUCAACAAAAUGAGACUUUUUUUAUUAAUGUUGAAUCAAAUCUUGUUACAUUUUUGUUUUUCUGGUAUUUUCAACAAUUCAGAACACUUUUUGUCUGAAAGUUCUGAACUCAAGACAAAGACUAAAAUAAUUUAAACUCUAAACCAAAGUGUGAGUUUAUGUAACUCUGAAACCUUUUUAUUUAUUUUUGCUGAAUUGAAAAUGUAUAUUAAAAAGUAGAAUUUUUUUUGUUAUCCUUUGUCGUGUUGUUAUUCAGUGUUUUAUGUCAAUUUAAGAUUCUCCGUUCCAUGUUUGUGUAAUAAAGAGAUAAAAUGCCAUAAAUUCAAAUAUGCUUUUUUCAGAUAAAACUUUUUAUUAUAUAUAUAAAUAUACAAAUUUGAUUUAUGUGUGAUGUUGAGUGAUGUUUGUACAUCUCUUGACAUUUUGCUAGAUUAUUUGUGCUACAGGAUAUGUAAAUAACUGAAUCUCUUCUCCUCUAACAAGUGAUUAAAG